AUGACGUCCGCUGUUCCUCCCCCCAACCAGGCUUUGCAGCCCACGAGCACCUCGACCGCGCCCGCUGGGCCUUCGACUCCGAACAAGAGAGACUUGAAAUCGUGGUGGAAAGGCUUCAAGCUGCCCUCGAAGCAUCAAGAACAACACGGUAGAACCCCUUCUGUGCUCGCAUCGCAUUCUUCGCCCCCAACGCAACCCCUCUUCAGUGAAGACGUCGACUACGCAAUCGAUACUUCGACCAUGCCUUUGAGCCUUGUCCUCGUGCUGCAAGACGCCUACGUCGUUGAGCCCGCCGACCCUGUCUUACCCAGAGCCUGUGCUUCAAGUGAUGCGACACCGUCUACCACCCUCAGCUUGGCUUGUGUGCUCAACAGGCUGUCCCUGUCCAUCGCUACGCCUGUGCGCCAGUGCGCCAAGCGGAUCCGCGCAACUAUGACAACCACUGCUACCACUUCAGGUGCUGACCAUUCUCCAGCAGAUAACCGACCACACGGCAUUUUCGGCGUUCCUCUCCGCCAGAGUAUCACCUAUGCCAACGUUGCCAUCUCCCUCGUCGAUGAGAACGGAAAAAGCUACAUUUAUGGCUACGUACCGAUCGUUGUCGCCAAGUGCGGCGUGUUUUUGAAGGAAAAGGCCACGGCGGUAGAGGGUAUUUUUCGUCUCAGCGGCUCCGAGAAGCGCAUCAAGGAACUAAAGCAAAUCUUCGAUUCUCCCGACCGCUAUGGAAAGGGCCUUGUCUGGGAUAACUACACCGUUCACGAUGCGGCCAACGUCCUCCGACGCUAUCUGAACGAUCUGCCCGAACCAGUUGUGCCGUUGGACCUGUACGAGAAAUUCCGGGAGCCGCUGCGGGGCGCCACUAGACAGGCUGUGGGUGAUGCCGAAGGACCCCAAUUCGUGGAGAACUUUGACGAGCAGGCCGCCAUUGUCAAGUACCAAAAACUCAUCACUGAGCUUCCGCCGCUGAACCGACAGCUGUUGCUCUACAUCCUGGAUCUGUUGGCUGUUUUCGCCGCCAAGUCGGAAGAGAACCGAAUGAAUUCCCAGAACCUCGCUGCCAUCUUUCAACCCGGCAUGCUCUCACACCCGCAACACGCCAUGGCGCCAGAGGAGUACCGUCUGAACCAAUGCGUCCUCAUUUUCCUCAUUGAAAACCAGGACCAUUUCUUGAUUGGGAUGCAGGGUACGGCAACAGACGAGAAGACAAAGCAGCUGAUCGAAAAGGGCACACCCCCUGCUGCGGGUGGGCCAGUAACUCCUAACCCUAACAGGAAGUCGGGUCUGGGCCGUUCUGCGUCCAAUGCAAGCGCUGGCGCCGAGAGUGUAAGAAGAGAAGGCAUGGUCAGGAGGAAUCGGUCAACGUCUUCGCGGCACUCUCACCAGGAGGGAUCUACUACCCCCAACAGCCCGGCUCUCGCCCCGACGCCAAACAGUGGACUCGGCAGGAGCAACACCGUGCCCUCCAAGAAAUCCCCUGCUCUCCAGACGGGUAGAUUUAGACGUGACGCCUCGCCUAUCCCCGGCUCGUCCCCUCGCGAGCCCAUGAUCCCGGCGACGACGGAGGAGAUGGUCGAGAUCCCUGAUCACUCCCCUACCGCCUCGACUGCCUCACAUGCCCCAGCUGUGAUUGGCACGUCCAGCCUGGCUCCUUCUGCUGCCGGCAUGGCAGGUCGGAGCCAGGAGAGGUUGCUCGAUCCGAAUGAGACGACGACCCCCAUGAAGGAUCGAAGCCUCCCGACCAUAUUCCAACGAUCUCCCACAGGCGAGGGCGAGAAGAGGCAGCCGAACAAGUUGAAGAAGAAGCGGAUUCCUGGAAGUUUGAACCCGAGCGCUCAAAGCUCGGCUGCAUCUUUGGCCGGUACGCACUCAGCCGCUGUGUCCCCUAGCGUUGAAGCCCCUAAUCCCAUGGACCUGGUGGGUGGUCCGAUACCCGAGCACGAUGAAGCCGUCCCAGUCGGUCAGCAAUCCAACUCAGUUGAAACACCAUCAGAACCCACCCCACGCGCAUCACAGGUCCCUUCCAGCAGCACCUUGCACCCUGAGCAGACGCUCAAGGGCAAAAAGUCACCCCCGACAUCUCUCCAUUCGUCAUUUAACGAAGGUUCUGACAUUGAUCAGACUGAGGAGUCUAUCAUGACGGCAUCGGCAGAUGCAAAUGAGCCGGAGAAGGAUAAGAAAAAGCGAUGGAGAUUGUCGCGGCAAAGAGGCCACGAACAUCACCCUUCAAUCACGUCGCCACGUCUAGCCUUCGGAUCCAACGACAAUGCCGAUGUCAGCGUCACCUCGAUCGGAAGUGGUGGAUACAAACCACGUAAAAGCUUCACCGGCGAGAGCUCCGAGACUGGGUUCCACGCUGCCGAGGCACAGAGCAGUCAUGAAUCCCGCGACAAGGACGGCAAAGACGAAUCCAAGGGCCCCAUCGGUUGGAUUAAGAACAAAUACCGAGAGGCCAAGGAAAGCGCGGAGCAAAGGAGAAACAAGUCGCCCCCGGCAGAUCGGCAGUCCUCUCUCGGCGGCUCUAGCAUCAUGUCGGGAAGGGGCAAGAGCCUAGAAAUCCGGAGAGAGCCCGAUGAGAAGGCGCAAAAUGAUCAUGCGGCGCCUGUGCCACCGUUUCCGUCUCAACCGACACAAGCUCAGCCGGCACAGACUCAACCGUCAGUUGCCCCUCCAGCGCCACCAGUGCCGGCGUCGACACCGGCACAACAGAAAUCGUUCCCGCUAGCAGCACCAGCACCAAUGGUGCCAGCUCCAACGGCAGCAGCCGAGCCAGCAGUGACCCGACCGUCACCACCUCAGCCGGCGCAACCCCCACCAGCAGCAUCUCAACUAGCAGCAGCAUCUCAGCCGGAGCUAGCACCGCCGCAGCAAUCCCUAUCGGAAGAAACACGGUAG